AUGGUAUUAAAAUCAGAGAAAAAUUAAAUUGUAAGUGAUGAUGAAGAUGAUAACCCUAGCAGCGGUGAAUAAAAUUCUGAUUCAGAUUGCAAUGUCGUUGAAGUAGAGCUAGAUGAGGAAUAGGAAAACAACAUCAGUCAUUAAGUGGAUGCUUAAGAUUUUAAUAUGAAUUAGAAUUACAAGAUUGAUGGUUUAAAUUGGGAGGAUAAAUAGAAUAAUGAUGUUUCUAAGUUUAACCACAAUCAAGAUUCUUAGUUAAAUGCAAGUGCAUUAAAUUAAAAGCAAGAUGAUGAGGAAGAAGAAGAAGCAAAAUAAGAUUUUAGUUAAGAGAAAGAGGGGAUUGGAAUUAAUUCUGAACUUAAAAAACGAUUUUAUAUUGGUGAGAAUAUUGAUUGCUGUGAUACAGUUAAUAAGUGGUUAAAUGCAGAAAUUGUUUCGCUGCGCCAUAACCCAAACGAAAUUAGAGUUCAUUACAGUGGUUGGUCAUAAAAAUAUGAUGAAUGGAUUAGCGUUGAUAGCAGUCGUAUUUUAAAAUAAUGGCAUCGCUCAAAUUCAUAAGUAAAGUAAAUACCCAUUUCUGUAAAUAAUAGACUUGAUGUCUAUCAUGAAGAGAGUGGUCAGUGGCUAGAAGCAAUUGUUAAGGAAAUUUAAAACGAAGAAGGAACUAAAAUAAAAAUUCAUUAUAAUGGAUACCAUAGCAAAUAUGAUGAAGUUGUUAAUCUAGAUGAUGAAAGAAGAGUUUAGGAAGUAGGAACCCAUUCUUAAGCAUUCGGAGCAGCUAGAACUUAGGCUAGAAAUCCUUUGCAUUUUACAAAGCGUCUAUAAGAAUAUAUUAUAAAAAGAGAAAGAAAUUUCAUGCAAGAACUUCACUAAAAGAAGAAUUUAUGUAUAAAAGUAGUAGGUACAGAUGGAAAUUGUCUCUUCCGUGCUGUAAGCGAUUAAAUGUAUGGUACAGAAGAAUUUCACAAAGAAAUUCGUUCAGUAUGUAUGGAUUAUAUCUAGAUUGAAAGAGCUUUCUUUGAAAACUACAUACAUGAAGAGUUUGAAGAUUAUAUAAAUAGAAAAAGACAAGAUGGUGAAUGGGGAGAUGAUAUUGAAUUAGAAGCAUUAUCUGAAAUAUAUAAUCGCCCCAUAGAAGUUUAUGCGUAUUCUAGUUAGCCUAUGAGAACUUUCCAUGAAACAAAUUUUAAUAACAAUGAGCCUAUUCGUUUGAGUUAUCAUGGUAAAUGUCACUACAACUCUGUGAAGAAAAAUGGCUUUUUAAACCUUGGAUAUCUGCAAAUUAGCGACCAGGGAAAACAAGAAGCUGAAGCACUGAAAAAUUCACAUUCUCGUCACUAAAGAUCUCCUGAAUCAAAUGCUGAAGUAGCAGAAGCAAUUCAAAACUCCAGAAAAGAAUUUGAAAUUAUAGGAAAAAGAGACAUGGAGAGAGCCCUUGAAGAAUCAUUACAGCUGUUUGAAGAAAGUGAGAAGGCUAAUAACGAGUAAUAAUUUGUAGACAUAGCGAUAAAAAGCUCUAUAGAUGCUUUUAUGGAAGCUGAAGAAGAAAAAUUAAUUAUUGAGCAAGUUAAAAAAGAAACAUUGAUGCACAAUGAGUAAUAAGAGAAGCAGCAAACAGACGAUAUAAAUAUAAAAUAUGAAUAGACCUAAGUAAAAGAACUUGAAGAUUUAGAACUGCAAGAAGCCAUAAAAUAGAGUUAGGCAAAUGCACCUGUAGCUUAAGAAGAUCCAUUAUUAAACCCUACAAUCGCUAGUGUGGUGGCUAUGGGAAUUCCUGUAGACUUGGCAAUACAAGCCUACACAAUAAUAGGAGACUUCCCUGAUUUGAUUAUAAAUUAUAUAUACGAAAAUUAUUAUUGA